UUUCUCUGAAGAAAUACAUCUCCCGUUACUCACCGUUACCCGAGUAGAAGCUGGAAGAGAGACACGUGUUUGUAGCUGAUAUCUUGAAGAAGGAAGACACCCGAGAAUGGAUGAUUUAGACAGGUUACUGGCCGACCUUGAGGCUUCCACCUCCCAGUUCAAGUCACCACCAAGUGGCAAGCCGGGACCGACGCCCAACGACUUGCACACCACCCCAGCCCCGCCUCCAACCAAUGCGAACAACCCCCAGUCACCCCUGUCACCGAUCUACUCUGAGAUUCCUGCCAAUGUGAACGGGAAUUACACCCACCCCUCGCAGCAGUCUGAGCCCCUAUACGAGGAACAGCCAGACCGCAAGCUCCCCCCAGACCAAGACCCGUCCCACCUCUACGCCAAGCCCAACCACCAAGCCUACGCCCAACAGUCCCCGCUCUACAACACCGGUUACCAGCCUCAGGGCCCAAGCAGUACCAGCCAAGCACCUCCGCCCAAGCCCGCCCGGACGCGCCCUGCUCAGCAACCCGCAACAGCAUACCCAUUCCCUGCGGCGACACCCGCGUACAACAACAAGACUUACCAAGAGUCUAAGAUGGAUAAUUUGUCGGAGUUGGACAGCUUACUGGCGGAUCUAGAGAGCGCCCAGGUCAAAAUUCAGAAUGCCACGUCGCCCAAACCAUACGCGCCCUCUUCCCCCACCAAGGCUCCGCCUCCAGCUACAGCACCAAAGCCCAGAAGAACUGAUGGACCAAGAUCACCGACUGGUCCGGCUCCAGGUCAACAGUACUCACAACCUCCUUCCACGGAGUCUCCACAGUUACUCAUCACUCAACCUCCAUCUCGCAGUGCGUCCUCGGCGACCAAAGAACUGGACGAUCUCAUGGCCUCCCUGUCUGACUUCCAGGUCUCCGGUGCCCAGCCUGCACCAGCCGCCGUCCGGGUCAGCAACGAGCCCAGCUAUGCCAAGCCCCAUCAAGUGGGGGCCCAGCCCCGCCCCUCCCAGCCAGCCCAGGACGGGAGCUCCGCCCCUAGGGGGACCCAGCUGGACUCCAUGCUGGGUCAUCUGGGGUCUGAUGUCAGUCGGCAGGGCGUCAGUACGGUGACCAAGGGAUCCUGUGCUGCUUGCCAGAAACAGAUCAUAGGACAGAUUGUGACUGCCCUAGGCCAGACGUGGCAUCCCGAGCAUUUUGUCUGCUCUCACUGUCAGGUAGAGCUAGGCACGAAGAGUUUCUUUGAGAGGGAGGGUCAGGCUUACUGUGAGGCCGACUACCAGAAUAUCUUCUCUCCGCGCUGUGCCUACUGCAAUGGCCCUAUUUUGGACAAAUGUGUAACAGCCCUGGACAAGACCUGGCACCCGGAGCAUUUCUUCUGCGCCCAGUGCGGCCAGCCGUUCGGCGACGGUGGAUUCCACGAGAAGAACAACAAGGUGUACUGCAAGGAGGACUACUUUGACAUGUUUGCGCCCAAAUGCGGCGGCUGCCACCGUGCAAUCAUGGAGAACUACAUAACGGCUCUCAAUGUGCAAUGGCAUCCCGAGUGCUUUGUUUGUGGGGAGUGUCGCAUGCCCUUCAACGGCGGCAGCUUCUUUGACCAUGACGGCAUCCCCUACUGUGAGAUCCACUACCACGCCGUGCGGGGCUCACUGUGCGCCGGUUGCAGCAAGCCCAUCACGGGCCGAUGCAUCACGGCCAUGGGGAAGAAAUUCCACCCGGAGCACUUCAUCUGCGCCUUCUGUCUGAAACAACUGAAUAAGGGCACCUUCAAAGAGCAGAACGACAAGCCGUACUGCCAUGCCUGCUUCAUCAAACUCUUCAGCUAGGUUCUUGGGAGAGGUGUCAGGAGGUCCACAGUGACAAAUCCACAGUUAAAAUGAGGGCCAAGUUGCCAGUGUUGUAGGCGAGACCAUCCGAAGACCGGACACGAGACCUAUUGUAGAGCAAGCAGAAGACCAGCCACAA